AUGGACUUGAAGAAGGACAGCCAAACUGCUGUUCCGAUUUGGAUAAGGUUGUUGAACCUCCCCCUUAGCCUUUGGUCCGCUCCGGCCAUUGGCAAAAUUGCUAGUGCGGUAGGGAAGCCCCUAUACGUCGACCAACGUACCGAACAAAUGAAGAUGCUAUCCUUUGCAAUGGUUUGUGUGGAAAUUUAUGCCAAUCAAGCUAGGUGCUUCGCCGUGGGUGUUGUUUUGAACGGGGUCUCUCGCUCAAUUCCCAUUGAGUUCAAAUGGAAGCCAGCGGAAUGCCCUUCGUGUGAGACCUUUGGGCAUCGGUGUGAGGAUGUUGCUGCUUUGGGUAUUACGGACAAAGAGGUGCCUCCGGUUCAGCAAGCAUCUGUGCCUCCUCCUCCUGCCCUGCAAUCCUCUGAUCUUGUCGCCUUCCCCAACCAACCCCGCCUGUGUUGCCGGACGCUUCAGACCUUGGUUGGAGCAAGGUGA